AUGGACCUCAAGGUGGAGGAGGAGGAGGCGGGCGGCGGGCGGCCCGUGAGCCUGCAGGCCUUCGCCAGCAGCUCCACGCUGCACGGCCUCGCGCACAUCUUCUCCUACGAGCGCCUCUCGGUGAAGCGCGGCCUCUGGGCGCUCUGCUUCCUGGGCUCGCUGGCGCUGCUCGCCCUCGUCUGCACCAACCGCAUCCAGUACUACUUCCUCUACCCGCACGUCACCAAGCUGGACGAGGUGGCGGCCACGCGCCUCACCUUCCCCGCCGUCACCUUCUGCAACCUCAACGAGUUCCGCUUCAGCCGCGUCACCAAGAACGACCUGUACCACGCGGGCGAGCUGCUCGCCCUGCUCAAUAACAGGUACGAGAUCCCGGACACGCAGACGGCCGACGAGCGGCAGCUGGAGAUCCUGCAGGACAAAGCCAAUUUCCGCAACUUCAAGCCCAAGCCGUUCAACAUGCUGGAGUUCUACGACCGGGCCGGCCACGACAUCCGCGAGAUGCUGCUGUCCUGCUUCUUCCGCGGGGAGCAGUGCAGCCCCGAGGACUUCAAAGUGGUGAGUGCCGGACACGUGCUAAUCCGCCGGGAAGCGCCUAAUCUGGGGGAUGGAGGCUGGAUAAGAGCAGCGGCGCGGCAAGGUGGCCAGAGCCGAUAA